AUGAAUCAGUCAGAUUGGUUCAUUCACCUGCUUUUCUUUUUCUGUCCUUCAGAUGAAAAAACAGUUACUUUCUCCAGAGUGUCUAAUGGAGCUUCCUUUGGUGCUGAUCAGCAGCUGCUGGAUCAACUCAAUAAAUCUCCUCAUUUCCAUCUAAAAGAAGCAGAUCUGGAUGAAUGUCAGAUUAUUUUUGUGUUCUGUACCAUCAACACUCGCAUAGAGUCUGAUGUGAAGGCUGCAAUGGAACAAAUCCCAGAAUCAGCUGGUGAUAAACCUGUGAUUCUUGUUGUGAUGCACCACAAAAGAGACAUCGACUUUACAACAACAAGGAAGAAUUGGAAGGAAAAAUAUGAACAUGUUCAGCUUGAUGUGGAAGUUCUCUUUCACAGGACUGAAGGAGGCUUACUGAGAUGUGAGAAGAACGACCAAGCUGUUAGAGAAAUAAGAAAAAAAGUAGAGGAAAAAUGGUCAAAAGGAGGGGAGAAAAGAGGGACUGAGAGGGGAGAAAAGGAGGAGAGGAAAAAGGAGGGAAGAGGAAGGAGGAGGAAAGGAGGAGAAAGAGGAGGUAGAAGGGAAAUCAAAGAGGAAGGAGGAGGAACAGAGGAGAGGAAACAGGAGGGAGGAGUAAAGGAGAAGGGAGGACAUGAGUCCAGCAGGAAGAAGCCCCGAACAGAAACAGCCCUCUGA